UUCAAUAAGUUAAUGCCCAAAACGUCAGAGGAAUUUGAUUGUUUCUUCUGCUUUUAACUCAUUCGUGUAGCUAGGCUUGGCAUAUCGAUGGAGAACAACCCUAGUUCGUCAUCCAGAACUGAUCGAAAGACCAUAGAGAGAAAUAGGAGAAAUCAUAUGAAGGCCCUUUACUCCGAGCUCAAUUCGCUUGUCCCCCAUCAAAGUUCAAGAGAUCAAGUGGCCGCAUCGCUACCGGAUCAGCUAGAUGAAGCUGCAAAGUAUAUAAAACAGCUACAGAAAAACUUGGAGGAAAUGAAGAAGAAGAAAGACAGCUUAAUGGGAAUUGAAAGGCCAGAGGCAAGCACAAAUAGCGGAGUGACGGUGGGGUUAAGAUUACCACAAAUUGAGAUUCAGGAAAUUGGUUUUGGAUUAAAGGUGGUUGCGAUAACUGGGUUGGAUUUUCAUUUCGUGUUCAAGGAGACUGUUCGUGUACUUCAUGAAGAAGGAGCUGAGAUUAUUAAUGCCGGUUUCAGUGUUGUUGAAGAUACAGUGUUCCACACAAUACAUGCUAAGGUUGCUGGGGAGUCAGCAUCGAUGGGCAAUGAAGCUGCAAGAAUAUCUGAGAGACUAAAGAAGUUUGUCAUCAAUGAUGUCAAUGUGAUUUGAAGUACGUAUUAUAUAUAGAUGAUGAUAAGAUCGAUGAAAUAAGAAUCGAUCGAUCAUGAGAUUUCAGUGCUCUCUGGCAACUAUAAAUCUUAUGUUCCCAA